AUGCUGGCAACCUAUUUGACGUUCUGUGGCAUCGGCAUCCACAACGCACAGAUCUUUGACGCUUACUCCAAGGAAUACGAACGAAACAGAGUCCUGCUGGAGGUAGUUCACGACCUGUUCACGGAGCAGACGUCAGUGGACAACGUGGUGGUCAAGAUCAUGCAGAGGGCACAGAGCCUGCUUAAGUGUGAGCGCUGUUCUCUCAUGUUGAGGGAUAAGGACGGCGCCUCUGAGAAUUCUUUCGACAAAGUCUUCGACCUGGCUUGCCCUGUGAAAAACGGUCAUUCAGGAGGAAGCAGUUCUGAGAAGGACAACCACAUGAAAGUGACCAGCAAGAUCGCCGAGCUGGUGCUGCUCACGGGGGAGACUAUCAACAUCACAGACGCCUCUCGGGACCCACGGCUCGAGCACGAGACAGAGAACGUUAAGGGCAUUCACACAAGGUCGGUGUUGUGCAAGCCAGUACGAAAUCGUCACUUCCAAAUCAUCGGUGUAGCACAGGUGGUCAACAGGAUAGAUGGCCUCCCCUUUGACGACCAUGAUGACCAGCUCUUUGAGGCAUUUGCCAUCUUCUGUGGCCUGGGCAUCAACAACUGUCAGCUGUACGAGCAGGUGUCGCUGGCAGCGGCUCGACAGGCUGUGGCACUCGAGGUGUUGUCCUAUCACGCGGCGGUGCCCCAUGAAGACGUGGCCUGGCUCAAGCAACAAGAUAUUCCAGAGGAGGUGGAGCUGAAGCUACAGGAGCUGACCUUCAACGACUUCUCGCUAGACAGGGACCAGAUGAUGACGGCAACCAUGAGAAUGUUCAAUGACCUCGGUCUUAUCAGGAAGUUCAGGAUAGACAAUGAGACCCUGUGCCGAUGGAUACUGACAGUGAGGAAGAAUUACAGGAACAUAGCCUACCACAACUGGCGACACGCUUUCAACGUGUGUCAAGUCAUGUUCGCCAUCCUGCAGGCUUGCAUGGAUCGAGAGAAACAGGAUGAAAUUGCCAAAUUGCAGUUGUCUUGGAUUGAUGGCAUUUGUCUGCCUUUGUAUAAGCCUUUGGAGGAUCGCCGGUUCACCAUUUUGAAAAGUGGCGUAUGGGAGUCCAAAUGA